AAGCUCUUUUGUGUUUAACCUUGAAAGGUUAAAGCUGCACAUUCUGUUAGCUUAGAUGCAACAAGAAUUCCUUGACGUAUUUUAAAUGGCUUUGUGGUUUUUUCUCUUUUGGGUGCAGCAUUUUGACACUGAAACCCAGGAUCUGUUUGGGAUUGAGUGGGCUCCCAAUGGCUGUGUGCUGGCAGCGUGGGACACAUGCCUGGAGUACAAGGUGUUGCUGUACUCUCUCGAUGGGCGGCUGCUCUCCUCCUACCGGGCCUACGAGUGGCCCCUGGGUGUCAAAUCCAUCGCCUGGAGUCCCAGCAGCCAGUUCCUGGCCAUUGGCAGCUUUGAUGAAAAGGUGCGUAUCCUGAACCAUGUGACGUGGAAGAAGAUCACGGAAUUUGACCAUCCAGCAACCAUUGCCAGCAAAAAAACUAUUGUGUAUAAAGAAGUGGAGAAAUCCCCAACUGUUGAUACAGAGAGAUUUUCUUUUUCACCAUCAAGAACAUUGGAUAGUUCUCUCUUCAGCACAAAGAGUAAAUAUGACAUUUCCCAGGUGCCCGUUUCUUUACAGUACAUCAAACCCGUUGCUGACAGGGCAAAUCCCAAAGUGGGAGUUGGGAUGUUGGCCUUCAGUGCAGAUAACUGUUUCCUGGCAACCAAAAAUGAUAACAUUCCCAACGCUGUGUGGAUUUGGGACAUCCGGAAGCUGAAGCUGUCGGUGGUGUUGGAGCAGCUGUGCACCAUCCACUAUUUCCAGUGGGAUCCCUGCCAGCCCCGCCUGGCUGUGUGCACAGGCACCAGCAGAGUGUACCUGUGGUCCCCAGCUGGCUGUGUGGUCGUGCAGGUGCCUGGGGAAGGUGACUUCCAGAUCAUGUCUCUCUCCUGGCAUUGCAGUGGUGACUCCAUGGUGCUCGUGAGUAAGGACAACUUCUGUGUGUGUUACUUGGAAGGAGAAGAGGUAAAAUAAAAAGAACUAAAAUGCAUUAAAAGUGCUCCCAAGUCUGAGGAAGAAAGAGGAAAGGAGUCAAAACCUAUUGCCCAGUCUGAAGUGUUUGUAUUUAUAAGUUAUUUAUUUGAAGGAGCUCCAAGCUCAGUGUGUGAAAUACUGUGACUGUAUUUGAAUGAAGCAAUGUAGCAAGUGAAAUAUAUCGGGAAUGAGUCUCUAUUGCAAGAAAACCUGAGUAUUGAUGGAGUUGAACAUCUCUUUUUCAACUCUGAACCCUUAUUUUCUAAGACUGUAGCUCUGUGUGUAUAUAAUGUAUAGCUAUUAUUUAAAUUUUCUAUUUCCAAUAAAUAUUUUGAUAGUUACAAACUAUAAAUCUGCACCUCUGCACUUCAAAGUCUGUUUCAAUGUAAUAGAUGAUGUGAUGAUGUAGUGAUUUGUCUCAGCACAAGGAAACUGUUACUUGCACACAAAUAAUAUG